UUCCACAAUCUGCUGGUGGCGCUUCCAACGGGUCUGGGAAAGACGUUCAUUGCAGCGACGAUCAUGUUGAACUGGUUCCGAUGGACCAAGGACGCGCAGAUUAUUUUCGUCGCCCCUACAAAGCCCCUUGUGUCGCAGCAGGUCUCCGCCUGCUUUGGCAUUGCCGGCAUUCCACGCUCGCAGACAACCAUGCUGACAGGGGAAGCGGCGCCGGGCAUUCGGGCCGAGGAGUGGAAGGCGAAGCGGGUAUUCUUCAUGACACCGCAAACGCUCAUUAACGACCUCAAGUCGGGGAUCGCCGACCCCAAGCGCAUCGUCUUGCUGGUGGUUGACGAAGCGCACCGCGCAACCGGCGGGUACGCGUACGUGGAAGUAGUCAAAUUCCUCCGACGAUACAACCAGAGUUUCCGCGUCCUGGCUCUGACAGCAACGCCGGGGUCGACGGUCGAAUCCGUGCAGGCUGUCAUCGACGGACUGGAUAUCUCGAGAGUGGAGAUCCGCACCGAGCACUCGCUCGACAUCCGCGAGUACGUCCACGCCAAGCACACAGACGUCGAGACUUUCAAGAACUCCGAGGAAAUGGUCUUGUGCAUGGACCUCCUGUCCAAGGCGUUGCAGCCGCUCGUUGAUCAGCUGCGGAACCUGAACGCUUACUGGGGCCGGGACCCCAUGGCGCUGACUGCGUACGGUCUGACCAAAGCCCGUCAACAGUGGAUGCUCUCCGAUGCGGGCCGGAACGCACACUGGGGGCUGAAGAACAAGCUCAACGCGAUCUUUACUGUCUUGGCGAGCGUGGCCCACGGCAUUGAUCUCCUCAAGUACCACGGCAUCACGCCGUUUUACCGCCAUCUGCAACACUUCCAGUCCAAUACCGAGGGGCAGAAGGGCGGCAAGUACCAGCGGGAGAUUGUGAAGGACGAGCACUUCAAGAAGCUCAUGAACCACGUCCAACCGUGGGUCAAGGACCCAGAGUUCAUCGGCCACCCGAAGCUAGAGCAUCUCAAACAGGUAGUGCUGAACCACUUCCUGGACGCCGGCGAAGGCGCCGAGGGUCAAAACAACGCCCACUCGUCCACGCGCGUUAUGAUCUUCGUCCACUUCCGCGACAGCGCCGAGGAAGUAACGCGGGUGCUGAAGCGGUACGAGCCGAUGAUCCGACCUCACGUCUUCGUCGGCCAAAGCACAGCCAAGGGCUCCGAAGGCAUGGGCCAAAAGACCCAACUGGACAUCGUGCAGAAGUUCAAAAAAGGCACCUACAAUACCAUCGUCGCCACCUCCAUUGGCGAAGAGGGCCUCGACAUCGGCGAGAUCGACCUCAUCGUCUGCUACGACUCGUCGGCUUCGCCUAUCCGCAUGCUGCAGCGCAUGGGUCGUACGGGCCGCAAGCGCGCAGGCAACAUCCUCCUCCUCCUCAUGCAGGGCAAGGAGGAAGAGUCUUACAUCAAGGCCAAGGAUAACUACGAGAAAAUGCAGGAGAUGAUCGCCAGCGGCUCCCGCUUCACCUUCCACGACGAUAAGUCCCCGCGGAUCCUCCCCGCCGGCGUACGCCCUGUGUCCAGCAAACAAGCCAUCGACAUUCCCGACGAAAACGCCGACCAGGGCUUGCCCGAGCCGCGGAGACGAGCCCGCGCGCCCAAGAAACCCCCUAAGAAAUUCCACAUGCCCGACAACGUCGAAACGGGCUUCACCACCGUAACUUCAUUCCUCACAGGCGGCGACCGCCAACCUCAACCCAACAGCAAGAAAAAGACAACCCCCGCAAAAAAGACACCCAGGAAAACCCGCACCCCUACCCCAGAACCAGUGGCCGUCCCACCCCUAGAAGACGUCCUCCUGACAGACACCCAGCAACGGGACCUCGAACGCCGCUACUGCAACGUAGUCGGCACCAGCCCGCAAUUCAUCCGCUACCCGCGAAGCGACGCCUUCCCCCGCCAUCAGCUACAGCCGCGGCCUACGAACGCCGUCAGACAUGGCUCGUUGACGCAGCGGAUGAUUGGUGCCCUGCAGAAGAUGGACCGGGUGGGAUCUGAUUGCGAGGGUAGAUAUAGGGAGGUUUUGGCGCGCGAGUCGAGCAGACGGUCAGGCGAUUCGGUGCUUGAUCCGCCGUCUCCGGCUCGCCGUGUUGCGAAGCGAAAUCGGUCUGAGCAGUCUGGGACAAAGGAUGGGGAUGAGGGUGAGGAGGAUGAGUUGAUAUCGCCCGAGCAGUUGCUGUCUUCGUUUUUUGGACCUUGACAUUGGACUAGAAUCCCGACGAGUUUAUCGAUGGAUGGUUUGGAUUGGUGUUUGGAACUAUAUUAUUGAUAUGGAUAGGUUCUGGCUGGUGUUGGCGCAGGCGCCGCACUGGCUAGACUGGACUGUUUUGAUGACGACGUGAUGAGUGAUUUCGGUAUAGGCUUGGGUAGAGAGGAUGUAUAAGUUUUU